AUGAAGCGAAAGGAAAAGGUUGAAAAUGAAACGGGCUUCGAAGGAUGGGGCGACUAUAUGGAUGCCAAAAUUGCCAAACUGGAGGACCAGUUUAGGCACAGCUCAGCUAACGUGGGGGAAAAACUAUCGAAUCUGUUCGCGGGUGUAUCCAUUUUUGUGAACGGUUACACCAAUCCGUCGGCCGACGAGCUGAAGCGACUCAUGAUGCUGCACGGCGGUGUGUUUCAUCAUUACAAACGCUCCAACACAACGUACACGAUUGCAUCGAUCUUGCCCGACGUGAAGGUACGUUCGAUCACGUCCGAAAUAAUCAUCAGUCCACGCUGGGUAGUGGAUUGUUUAAAAGAGGGCAAGCUGCUAGACUACUCGAAGUAUUUGCUGUACACACAGCAUAAGCCUUCACAACCUAAGCUGGCAUUCAGUAAGUUGAUCCCCGUGAAAAGCCAUGCCACGGAUAUAGCGAAACCGGUAACCAAACAGGACGGCGAUCCUAACGACAUCAGUCGGAGUGAGUGUCUUAACGUGCUGGGGAUGCUAAAGCACUUUGCCGAUCCGAUACCGGAAGCAUCGGUUCCGAAUCAACAACAAGCAAACUCGCCGCAAAACACGGCCGAAGAUAUAUCUAUUGACACAACAUCGUGUGAAAAGGUCCUGGAAAAUGAGGGAAGUCCACAACCGUUUACCAAUGGACAUGGAAAGAAAUCUGUAACUUCACCACAAUGUUCGCCUGAUGUGUUUUCGGAAGAAGACCCGCUCCCAACGGAAAAAGCUGCUCCUCAAUCAUCAAUGGUUAAAAGCCCAACAAAACUGGCGCCUUCCAAACAGUCGCUUACCGCGACGGAUCCUAACUUUUUGAAGGAAUUUUUCAAUAACUCCCGACUGCACCAUAUCGCUACGCUUGGGGCAGGUUUUAAGCAGCACGUAUCAGAAUUGCGGGAAAAAUCAACAGGUUCAUUCCCGGCCCGUGACGCACUGGUGCAGUAUAUUAAUAGCCGUGCUAGUAUACGAGAGCCAACGGAAAGUGAAUUCCGCAACGAUUCCAACGCACGCUAUAUAAUGCACAUCGAUAUGGAUUGUUUCUUCGUAUCGGUUGGUUUGCGGAAGUAUCCUCAUCUCCGCGGUCUCCCGGUAGCCGUCACACAUUCCCGAGGAUCCGAAGCACGCGUUCCAUCGCAUGCUGGACAGAACCGUGCGUUAGAGAUCGAACUGUAUCAUAAGCGGCUGGAAGAGCGCUACAAAGCACCGGACAUUCCGAUCGAAUCACGGCUAUCGGCGAUCGAUGAACAUAAUUCACUGUCGGAAAUUGCUUCCUGCAGCUACGAGGCUCGUCAGUGUGGAGUAAAGAACGGCAUGUUUGUUGGGGCAGCCUUAAAGUUGUGCCCGGAGCUUAAAACCAUUCCGUAUGAUUUCGACGGCUACCGGGAGGUGGCCCAUCAGCUGUACGACAUGAUCGCGCAGUACACGCUUGACAUAGAGGCUGUUAGUUGUGAUGAAAUGUUUGUCGAUUUAACCGAACUGAUCCACUCGACCGGGAUAGAAGUGAUGGAGUUUGUAACGUAUGUGCGGAACAAGAUUUCGACAGCUACCGGAUGCGCUUGUUCGGCAGGGAUUGGCGCCAAUCGUCUGCAAGCUAGGAUGGCCACAAAAAAGGCAAAACCCAACGGUCAAUAUCAGCUGGUUCCGGGAGCGGUGGAGGAAUACAUGCGGCCGAUUCCAAUAGCAGAUCUACCGGGCGUUGGACCUAGCACCUCGCACCGAUUGAAGAAGAUGACGUAUGUCACAUGUGCCGAUUUACAAACCAUCCCCAGGAACGUACUGCAGACCGAGUUUUGAAAAAAGUUCGGUGAAACACUCUACAAUGCAUGUCGCGGAAUCGACGAGAAGCCGUUGGUGUACGAUCGAGGAAGAAAGUCGGUAUCGGUCGAUGUGAACUAUGGGAUACGCUUCAGCACCGAACAGGAGGUGGAUCGUUUUAUGCGCCAGUUAACGGAAGAAAUUCACCGCCGGUUGUUGGAGUUGCGUGAGCGAGGAAAGCUCGUUACGGUCAAACUGCUCGUUCGCUCUCCAGAAGCACCGAUCGAGACGGCAAAGUUCAUGGGCCAUGGGUUAUGUGACGUUGUGACAAAGUCCCAACCCCUUCGCCAGCACACAGACGAUCGUACACUGAUUGAAGGGGCAGUACUGGAACUGAUGCGCACGUUAGCGAUUGAACCAUCCGAGCUGAGAGGGAUUGGAAUUCAGAUUUCCAAAUUUGAAGGUGUAAAACGUACGGCCGAUAAUGAAGCUGGUAAUCGGUUGAAAAGCAUGUUCCAGAGAGCGGAGGAUAAAAGAAAGCCUCAACCAGAAACGGUUCAGGUUGUCUGCGACGAACCGAAAGUCACCAAAACCAAUGAACAGUUUCGUACAUUGUUUCGGCAACCCGAUGAUCAGGAACCUUGUACAUCUCGUAGUUGUACCGCCGUACCUCAAACAGUAGUAUCGCCGGUACGGCAAAAUUUGAACACACCGACAAAGGCCGAGUUUAAUGGCUAUAUCAAUUCCCCCAAACGAAACGAUAGUGCUACCUACUCGCCUGGUAAAAAAACUACCGGUGGAUCAAAACCUGGCACUAGAGGUCGACGUGGAAGGCCUCCAAAAUGGGCUUCAUCGGGCGGAAGGAAGGAUCAAACCCAAACCGCACAAAGUUCCGGUGUGAUGAGGAAAUUUUUAACAUCUGCUAGUACUACCAGUUGGUCCACUGAUCUGCCUGACGGACUUGACCCGGAAGUACUGGCUGCACUGCCGGAAGAAAUACGAGAAGAAGCCAUACGCGACUACAGAAGACAGCAGCAGCAGCUGUUGCUUGCGGUUAAUAACAGGACGUACCAACCUCCAGUGGAAAAGACUCCCGUGAAGAUGUCUCCUCUCAGGGACGUUUGCCAUCAUGAACGGAAAUCACCAAUCACUCCACAAGCUGUGAGUAAUGCAGCCGAUGAACAGAAAAUAAAGAUCGAGCUAAAAUUUCUUCAAGCACUACCGCCAGAAUUACGGAUCGAAGUGGAAAAGCAGAUCGAACUCAACAAGGACAACAUGGUGGUAACAUGCAGUGACACAGAAAUAGAUGAACCUUUACUAGUCACACCAGAGAACAGUCCUGUGCGGGAGAUAAAACCGUACAAAAUAUUAGAACCGAAAGAUGGUACUCCCAAAAGAACUUCAGCUGAUUGUGAAACACCAAAGGAUACAAACAUUCUGAGACGCGAGAACUGGAGAGGACUUGUGGAAGAAUGGAUAGACAGUACCGACGAACCGUACGAGUACGAUGUGCAGCUCUUAGUGUCGAAUGGGCAGGAACUGUGCGAGAACAAGUCGGUAGAACGUUUGUAUCUUUUUUUACGUUGCUUUCAUCGGUUGGUGCAGGAGAAGCACAAUUGCAGUUGGCAUCUGGCAUAUUACAAUGUUGUUCAUCCGAUCCAGGAUCGAAUGAUCGCACUGUACGGGAACCGGCUGGCAGUGCCAGGGAAAAUUACUUGUGAAAUGUGCAAUAGUGUGGUUUAG